AUGGCCAAGAAGAAGGCGCUUGUCAUCUCGGGUCCGAUGGAUGCUAAACACGUCGGGGGUGUGAAUGUACUAGGCGGUAGCGGUGCCAGCCUUAACGAUUACUUCCACACCACCGCGAUCCAACCGGAUGAGAGGCCCUCACAUACCUUCGUUGCUACUGGGAAGACUGAAGUACCGAGACGGGCAGACACCGUGGGCGGCACACUUCGACGAUCAAGUGUCUCCCUGAGCAGAAGUCUCUCCAAACUGAGGCGCAACUCUUCCUCGCAUCAUACUGAAACAACGCAAGUCGGUGGCAAAAACAGUGAGAUGGACAGUCAGUUCGGGAGAUCCGACAGUACAAGCAGGCCUUUAAGAAAGCAGUCGAGCAUAUCACGACUACGACAGAGGGUUGGACUAGACCGCGAACUGUAUGAUACAGCGCCGAAUUCGAAGCCACCUACUCCCGAAUCCCGUUUUCUGCCAGAACUGGUAUUCCAAGAUGAUCUGCAACUACGAGAUACCAGGGCCCUAGCGCGUCUCACCACGACUUCUUCCAUCUACUCAACUCCAGAUCCUGGUCCUCCUCAGAAAACGAUCGUACGCAAACAAGUGCCUCUCAUGACGCAGCGACGGCCUUUGCCUCUCGACAUCCAAACCUCAAAUACAAGCGUGCAGCCACCCGCAAGAACCAAACGCAUAGAUUCGGGCACCGCGAUUGAUCUCAAGCAUAUACCAGCGCAGGAACGGCCAAUACCUUUCAAGGAGAUCAUGGCAGUGUCCACGCUUGAUGAGCGCAUGGCCAUGUACAAGAAGACGCGCGAGUAUUGGGCGCAUGCAGAACAUGGGCUGGAAGAAUGGACCGCACGCGCUGCGGGACCGAAAGCGCCCAUCACACGGUCGUGA